AUGUGGAUUACCGACGCCUGCAAGGCGUUUGUAUUCUCCUUUGUCGCCGUAUUUCACUCUCCUAGUCUCCCAGAUCAAGGUCCUCACCAAGACGUGUUGACCUUCACUCACGAUUCUCCCGUCGGAAAACAUCCUUACCCCCGCUUUCCCGCUCCCAAUGGUCCCGAAAGGGAUGGUGUCGAAUUUGAGUGCAAGUACCCUGAGCUUAGAGGCUGGGAGAAAUGUACGACAGCAGAUGAUCGAUCUUGUUGGCUUAAAGGCCCAUUUGAUCAGGUAUUCGAUAUAAAUACUGAUUAUGAGAACUUCUGGCCCGAGGGUAUCGUCAGGGAGUACACUCUCAACGUAACAAACCAAGACAUCAAUGGUGAUGGCGUCAAUAAUCCAUACGGCAAAGUCUUCAACAACCAAUACCCUGGUCCUUGGAUUCAAGCAUGCUGGGGCGAUAUCAUAAAGGUAACAGUUCAUAACAACCUCGAAUACAAUGGCACGACCAUCCACUGGCAUGGUCUUCGUCAACUCGAGUCCUUCGAGAUGGAUGGCGUAAAUGGUGUCACUCAAUGUCCUAUCGCUCCUGGUGAUAGCUUCACAUAUACCUUCCGCGCGGUGCAGUAUGGAACAUCGUGGUAUCAUAGCCACUAUUCGCUCCAGUACGCUGAUGGAUUGGCUGGCCCGAUUACCAUCUAUGGACCUUCGAGUGCACCGUGGGACGAGGGUAGAGACCCAAUUCUCAUCACGGAUUGGAGUCAUAGAAGUGCAUUCCAAAGUUGGCAGAGAGAACUUGUGCCGAAUAGCCCGACUAGACCUUUGAUGAACGGUGUACUUAUCAAUGGCGUCGGCAAUUUUGCAGGUAGCUUCCCACGUGAGCGAUUCAAUAUGACUGUCGAGAAGGACAAGAAGUACAUUCUUCGCGUUAUCAACACCUCUGUAGACACAACUUGGAUCUUUAGCAUUGACAACCACAACUUCACCGUCAUGUCGACAGACUUUGUCCCCAUCCACCCAUAUGAAGUAGACCACAUCGUCAUCGGAAUUGGCCAACGUUACCACAUUGUUCUUAAUGCUACACCCACCAACACUACUAUCCUUCCUGCAUCACCUGAUGGAAAUUAUUGGAUCCGUACAGUAGGCGCGGAUAGAUGCAAGGGUUUCGAGCCUGGUAAUGAGCCUGAUGAGCGACAAGGUAUACUUCGGUACAACGCCUCCAGUACCUUGGUACCUACGACAUUCCGCCCAGCUUACAGCACAGCAUGUCGUGACGAGAAUUAUACCAUGCUUCAGCCGAUCUUGCCCUGGAAUGUUACACCCGUUGAGCUAGACAAUAAGAAAGGUCAUUUUGACAUAGGUCUCAAGACAUACAAAGACAGACCAGAACAGGGCAAUGCUUUUCAGUGGUGGGCGUUUGGAGAGAACCCAUUGUGGCUUAACUUUUCCAACCCGACUAUUCUCAAUCUCAACAAUGAUACAUGGGAUCCCAACUAUGCUGUUGAUCUUGUUGUUCCAGAUUCCAAGAAGGAUGAAUGGAUCUACAUUGCCAUCACUGCACCCCCAGCCCCGCUUGUCAACAGACCUGACAGGGUAUUUGCACCUGUGGCUCAUCCACUUCAUCUCCACGGCCAUGACUUUGCACUACUUGCACAAGGAACCAACUUUUCAGACCUCGACACAGGAAAUGUUAAACUCAAGUGGGACAAUCCGCCGCGACGUGAUGUAGCACUCAUCCCAGCAGGAGGCUAUCUUGUUGUCGCGUUCAAGGCUGAUAACCCUGGAUCGUGGUUGUUCCAUUGUCACAUCGCAUGGCAUGCAUCAAGUGGUCUGGCCAUUCAGAUUCUUGAACAGCAGGAAAGGCUCAAGUGGAUGAUGAAUAAUGAUAGGAUGAAGGAAGUGGAGAGAGUUUGCGAGAGGUGGAAUGAUUGGUUUGGAAAUAAGAGUAAUCUUUGGAACGCAGAACUCUUUCAAGAUGAUUCUGGAGUUUAG